CAGCGUCUUGCCUGCUGCUCGCACCUCCCGCUCGCGCCCCGGUUCCCUUGCAGCUAUGGCCCAGCCCUUCUCCCUGGCCGCCUGCGAUGUGGUGGGCUUCGACCUAGACCACACGCUGUGUCGCUACAACCUGCCUGAGAGCACCCCGCUCAUUUAUAAUAGCUUUGCUGAGUUUCUAGGUAAGGAAAAAGGGUAUGACAAGGAAUUGCUUGUGGUAACUCCAGAGGAUUGGGAUUUCUGUUGCCAAGGUUUGGCCUCGGACCCAGAAGAUGGGAACUUCAUUAAACUUGCAGACAAUGGCACUGUUCUCAGGGCGAGCCAUGGAACCCAGAUGCUGACCCCCGAAGCACUGGCCAAGGCCUACGGCAAGAAGGAGUGGAAGCACUUCCUGUCAGAUACAGGGAUGGCCUGUCGCUCAGGAAAGUAUUAUUUUUAUAAUAACUACUCUGACCUGCCAGGAGCCCUUCUAUGCGCCCGGGUGGUGGACUCCUUAACAAAGCAGAACAAUGGUCAAAAAACAUUUGAUUUUUGGAAGGACAUUGUUGCCGGUAUACGACCCAAUUAUAAAAUGUCAGCCUUUAAGGAAAACUGUGGAAUAUAUUUCCCAGAAAUAAAAAGAGAUCCAGGCAGAUAUUUACACAGUGGUCCUGAAUCUGUAAAAAAGUGGCUUCGGCAGCUAAAGGAUGCUGGGAAAAUUCUUGUGCUAAUCACCAGUUCCCACAGCGAUUACUGUAGACUUCUCUGUGAAUAUAUCCUUGGGAAUGAUUUCACAGAACUUUUUGACAUUGUGAUCACAAACGCAUUGAAGCCUGGUUUCUUCUCCCAUCCACCAAGUCAGAGGCCCUUCCGGACACUCGAGAAUGAUGAGGAGCAGGAGACGCUGCCCUCUCUGGACAAGCCUGGCUGGUACUCCCAAGGGAAUGCUGUGCACCUCUAUGAACUUCUGAAGAAAAUGACCAGCAAACAGGAGCCCCAGGUGGUUUAUUUUGGUGACAGCAUGCAUUCGGACAUUUUCCCAGCUCGUCAUUAUAGUAACUGGGAGACAGUCCUGAUCCUGGAAGAGCUGAGGGGUGAUGAGGGCAUGAGGGAUCGGAGACCCGAGGGCUCGGAGUCACUAGGGAAGAAAGGGAAGUAUGAGGGAUCAAAGGCAAAACCUCUAAAUACCUUAUCUAAAAAAUGGGGCUCGUUUUUUACUGAUUCUGUUUCGAGACUGGAAAAUACAGAAGACUCCUUGGUUCAUACCUGGUCCUGUAAGAGAAUCAGUACUUACAAUACCAUUGCAAUUCCAAGUAUUGAGGCAAUUGCAGAAUUACCUCUGGACUACAAAUGUGCAGGAUUCUCUUCAAGUAAUUCAAAAACAGCUGGUUACUAUCCACACCCUCCAUUGGCCCUCUCAGAUGAUGAAACACUGACAACCAAAUAA